CAAUAAGAAAUUUUAGGCACUCUUUGCCUUCUCUGAAGCCACUAUGAAUGCAGUCUCUCUUUAUUUUCAUGCUGUUAGAGGGGGAAAAGCAUUUCAAACUGCACAGGAUGCAUUUUCUCAUUUCUUAAGGCUGUUUCUUAGUGAGUUGGCCAUAAAAGCUGUCAUGUAUAGAGUCUAAUGGUCCGUCAGAUUGUGGGCGGAGUUUUUGGUGACGUCAGGACGCAUAGAGCAGCUCGGUUGGACGGAUAGAGGGACAGCUGAAAUGAAGAGCGAGCGCUGUGAUGUGCAAGAGAGUGUGUGUGUAUGCAAGUGGAUAUAAUAUCACAUACCUGUCCCUGUCACUCUGGCUCUCCUUGUUGCUCUCGGCUGAAACCGAGAUCUUUUUACCCAGUCGAAAAGAAAAAAAAAAAAAACUUUAACUUUCUUUAGCACUGGGUUUAUUUUAUUAAGUUUAAAGUCGUCUGUGGAGUGUCGCUUUGAGUGGUUUAAUUGGGAAAGGAGCACUGACAACGCUUGCCGAUACUUCACUGCUGGACACAUUCAAUUUUUUUUUUUAUUAUUAUUUAUUUAUUUUUUAUAUAUAUUUGUGAUCUUCGCUGAGGAAGUUAUAGCUGUUUGCGAACCCUCCGUAAAUCGCUUGUAUUAUCCAUGACCUCUAUGAAGGAUCCGUUGAGUUUGGACCACCAUCACCACCACAAUCAGCACAUUACCGGGAGUAAACACGCGCCGCUUACGAUGGCCUCUAGUCUGCAACCGCUUCAGCGGUCUGUGGACUCGAAACAUAGGCUGGAGGUUCACACGGUUUCAGACACCUCCAGUCCAGAGUCCGUAGAGAAAGAGAAGGGACAGAGUAAAAACGAAGAUUCGACUGAUGACCCAUCGAAAAAGAAGAGACAGAGGCGGCAACGAACGCAUUUUACUAGCCAACAGCUCCAGGAACUGGAAGCCACUUUUCAGCGGAAUCGCUAUCCGGACAUGUCCACUAGAGAGGAGAUCGCCGUUUGGACAAAUUUAACAGAGGCCAGAGUCAGAGUGUGGUUCAAGAAUCGACGGGCAAAAUGGAGAAAAAGGGAGAGGAACCAACAAGCAGAGCUGUGUAAAAACGGUUUCGGCCCACAAUUCAACGGACUUAUGCAGCCCUACGAUGACAUGUAUCCCAGCUAUACGUACAACAACUGGGCUGCAAAGGGGCUCACGUCGGCCUCUCUGUCUACCAAAAGCUUUCCCUUUUUCAAUUCCAUGAACGUCAAUCCGCUGUCGUCUCAGACCAUGUUCUCCCCACCUAACUCCAUCUCUUCAAUGAGCAUGUCCUCCAGUAUGGUUCCGUCUGCUGUCACCGGGGUACCCGGAUCAAGUUUAAACAGCCUCAAUAACUUGAAUAACCUCAGCAACCCUUCUCUAAAUUCGGGGGUUCCCACGCCGGCGUGCCCUUACGCCCCACCAACACCUCCGUAUGUUUAUCGGGACACUUGUAACUCCAGUCUUGCCAGUCUGAGACUGAAAGCCAAGCAGCACUCGAGUUUUGGAUACGCGAGCGUGCAGAACCCGGGCUCCAAUCUCAGCGCCUGCCAGUACGCAGUGGAUAGACCGGUGUAAGAGUCGAUUGUAGAGUUUACAAUCCCGAAUCCCAGAAACGAGAGACUACACUUUUUGUUUCAAGGGCACUAGAAGAAUAAACCACUGAAACGCGUCCAGUUCUGUGAUGGAAUGUCAAGCGGGAACGGAAGGCUAACGCGCCAUUUCUAAUAAGAUUUGUUCUCUACACUAGCAAGUGCACGCUAGCCAGUGAAGAGUUUAGGACUCCAGAAUAUUUAAAGAAAAAAAAUCUCAUUUAUUUUGACGUUUCAAUUUUUGGACAGUAAUUGACUGAACGGUUGUAUAUAGGCCAUACAUAUAUCUUAAUAUCAUCUCCAAUUUGUAGAGCCGAAAGCUGUAACUCUUAAGCAUUUUCGAGAAUUCAGUUUAACACAGCAUGUGGAAAACGUACAGGAAUCAUGUCUUGCUUGCGAUCAAGGGAAUGUACAUACUAAACGCACCAGUCGUGUGUGUGAUAUUAUAAAUUUAUUAUUAAAUGUCUGUGUGAAUAUAGAUCUAGAAUAGCAACCCUGGGUAAUAAUACGCAAAUGUUUCUGCGAAAUGAACUUGGUUUUUGCUCUGUGUAUAAUAUUUGGUACGGAAUUUUUUGUUUCGUUUUUCAACAUCCCAAAAAUAAACUAUUGUGUUUUAUUUAAUGGAAGUAAAUAUAUUGUUCUAAAACAUUUCAAAA